ACAAACUCCCUUUUCCAUUUCAAUUCCUAUCUCAUCUUCCAUUUCUCACUCUAUGAUUUCCAAUCUGGGUUCUUCUUUGAUUCGCUUAAUGCUUAUCUGGGUCAUGCUUGUAUGUUCAAAUCCUUGUUUGCAAUUGUUAUUGAUUUUGAGCUUGGAGAGAUGUUGAUGGGUCAUACAGAUGGUCUUUCUGAAUCUCGGUCAUCGAGGGAUCAGCUACUUCCUUACGCUGAAUCUGACUUAGGGGAUGAUGACACUGCAGACUGUUCUGAGCCAAUACUGUACUCAGCCUCCUUUGAAGAGCUUGCCAAAAAUAUCGUUAAGUAUGACACCGUUAUAUGGCUCUCAAUAUCAUUGAUGCUGGUUUUAGCUUGGGGAGUUGGCAUCAUCAUGCUGUUAUAUCUACCCUUUAAGAGAUAUAUUCUCCAGAAGGACAUCUCCUCCCGCAAGCUAUAUGUUACACCUAGUGAAAUAGUCUACAAGGUGUCAAGGCCUUCUUAUGUACCCUUUUUGGGCAUCACUACAAUUGAGAGGCAUGUGCCCCUUUCCCUGGUGAUUGACAUCAUUAUUGAACAAGGUUGUUUGCAGUCAAAAUAUGGACUUCAUACCUUUCGAAUUGAAAGUAUAGCACGUGGAAAAGCUGCAGCUGUUGAUGAACUACAGGUUCAAGGGGUUUCUAACCCUAGUGAUUUGAGGAAGGUCAUCAUAACAGAAGCUUCAAAAGUUAUACAAGAUAGCGGUAUAAGUUGGAAGCCUACUACUGUCACUACAGAAGGGGAAAGCAUGGAUCUAUCUCGUAUAAGUUGGAAACCUACUACUGUCACUGCAGAAGGGGAAAGCAUGGCUCGUACACCAUCCGUGACUGAAGCGCCAAUUCUGAGAUCACCAGCUAAAAGUGUGAAGAUGGCAGCUUCACCACGCUAUGCUUCAAUAGAACGCAGAAGCAUACUACCUAGUGAAUUGCUGCUUAAUAGACUUGAAGAAGUCAAUAAAUCUGUAAAGAAAAUCGAGUUUUUAAUAGAGAAGUCACAUACUCAACCUGAGUUAGAGCGGCUGAAUUGAAGUUGGAUAUAAGUUUGCAGUGGAUUACUUUGACGAACCACAAUCAAAUGGUGGAAAGAACCAAAAAAAAGAAAAAAAAGUAGAUAAUUCUGCAUUUGUCUGUAAGUCUGUAACUAGUGAUGAAGUAGGAUACUAAUAUACCUUGGUUUCCCUUUAGUAGCUGUCUAGGAUGUUGAAAUGUUAAAAACUACAUAAUUCCCUUUUGUUUUCCUAGAGGUCGAAAUGUCAAAUUUCCAAUGAAGUUUGCUAUUGAGCGUGAUAUUGCUGAGGGACAAAACUGUGAGAAUUUGAAUUGGGAAAUGGAAAAAGGAAAACCUCAAGAUUUUGAAUUGUCA